GAAUGUCUUUCCCUUUCAGCGCUCAGUUCCUGUUGAAUUUUUAAAUAGUGAAUUAUGAAAUUAUUCUUGUUGACAGUUUUUGUUGCUCUCUUUGCUGGAGCUUACUCAACUCCAAUUGAGUACAAUGCACCACGUUUCGGUAUUGCACCUGAUGAAGAUGGACGCAUGCAUGUCUUUGACAUGAACGCAGCUGAAGUUGAACCAGAGCCAAGCUUUAAUGCUGAUACUGAUGUCAUUUUCCUUCUCUUCACAAGACGUAACCGCAGUGCUGGACAAAGAAUCACAUUCGACAUGAAUACAGUCAGAAACUCAAACUGGGUAGCUGCCAAUGGUGCACGAUUCAUCAUCCACGGAUGGAACAGCAACCAAAAUACAGCCCUAAAUACUUUCAUCAGAAAUAGCUUCCUGGACAGAGCUGAUCACAAUGUUGUUGUUGUAGAUUGGGGUGCAGGUGCACAAACACCAAAUUAUUUGACUGCCAGAAAUCGCGUUGGUGCAACUGGUGCUGCCGUAGCAAGAUUAGUCAAUGCAAUGAGAACUGCUGCCUUAACUGCCCCAGCUCGAGUUAUUAUUGUCGGUCAUUCAUUGGGAUCACAUGUUGCUGGUCAUGCUGGUAAAUUAAUCACUGGUCCACAAGUCGCUGCUAUCUACGGAACUGAUCCUGCUGGUCCACUAUUCAAUGUCAACAGCCCAGCAGAUCGAUUACAUUCAACUGAUGCCGUCUACACUGAAGCUUUGCAUACAAAUGCUGGAACUUUAGGAUUUGAUGAGCCAAUCACACACGCUUCUUUCUAUCCAAAUUGGGGUUCAACUCAACCAGGCUGUGGAAUUGAUGCCACUGGUGCCUGCGCUCACGAAAGAUCCAACUUAUUCUACUCAGAAUCAGUCAACAGCAACAGAUUCGUCGCAAGACAAUGUACAGGAUAUGCACAAAUUACAUCUCGUAACUGCCCAGGAACUGGAACCACUGGUGUUAUGGGAGGCGAUGCUGGCAAAUCUCUUCGUGGUGUCUUCUUUUUGGAAACUAACUCAGCAUCUCCAUUCGCUAGAGGUUAAAUGUUGAUUAGAGGAUUUAUGUUGAUUUGAAUAAAUGUUGAGUAUUGGGAUAAUGGAAAAGAUUGUUGUGUUCUUAUUACUAGCUUCAUUACAAUGAAUUUUACACAUUAGAUGAGAACUUAGCUAAGCAGAUUAUAUCUUGAAGACAACAGAGCAAAUCUAGGCCAUAUAUACUUGAUAUACCUCAGCAAACGACAGUUCAUUGAGAAUCACUAUGCUUAAUUUCCAUUAAAUCUAAUGCCACUAAUCUCUUCCAAUCUUCAAUGAACAGCAUUGUCAUUCUCAUCAUUCUAUCCAUAAUCAAGUCCCACAACAAUCAAUAAAGUUCUAAAUUCUCAAAUAAAAGGCAAACCUCUCAGCUGUUAUCUAAUCAACAAGUCAAAAAUAAUUUUUCUCAAACAUCAUCAGCUCAACAGCACAAUACAUUCGCAUUUCCAGUAGCUUUAUAGUUUAUAAUCUGUCACUUAUCAAGCCUAUGGUCUCUUAAUUUGUUUCUUUUGUGACGUUUCAUUGCGAUUGCCGAUAAUUAAGUUCAUUCAUAUCACAUAAAAUUUUUCAAUAAAGUUGAGUGCUAAGCAUCGAUAGGUUUUAGUUCCUUUCGAGUUGUUGAAUAGUGAAAAAUGAAAUAUUUCUUGUUGACAGUUUUUGUAGCUCUCUUUGCUGGAGCUUACUCAACUCCAAUUGAGUAUAAUGCACCACGUUUUGGUAUUGCACCUGAUGAAGAUGGACGCAUGCAUGUCUUUGACAUGAACGCAGCUGAAGUUGAACCAGAGCCAAGUUUUAAUGCUGACACUGAUGUCAUUUUCCUUCUCUUCACAAGACGUAACCGCAAUGCUGGACAAAGAAUCACAUUCGACAUGAAUACAGUCAGAAACUCAAACUGGAUUGCUGGCAAUGGUGCACGAUUCAUCAUCCACGGAUGGAACAGUAACCAAAAUACAGGAAUGAACACUUUCAUCCGAAACAGUCUUCUCGACAGAGCUGAUCACAAUGUUGUUGUUGUAGAUUGGGGUGCAGGAGCACAAACACCAAAUUACUUAACUGCCAGAAAUCGCGUCGGUGCUGUUGGUGCUGCUGUAGCUAGAUUAGUCAAUGCAAUGAGAACUGCUGCUUUAACUGCCCCAGCUCGUGUCAUCAUUAUUGGUCACUCAUUGGGAGGUCAUGUAUCUGGACAUGCUGGUAAAUUGAUCACUGGUCCACAAGUUGCUGCUAUCUAUGCCACCGACCCAGCUGGUCCACUAUUCAACAUCAACACUCCAACUGAUCGUCUUCACUCAACUGAUGCCGUCUAUACAGAAGCAUUACACACAAAUGCUGGAGUUUUAGGUUUCGAUCAACCAAUCACACAUGCUUCAUUCUAUCCAAAUUGGGGUACAACUCAACCUGGAUGCGGAACUGAUGCCACCGGUGCCUGCGCUCACGAAAGAUCCAACUUAUUCUACUCAGAAUCAGUCAACAGCAACAGAUUUGUUUCAAGACAAUGUACUGGAUAUGCACAAAUCACAUCACGUAACUGUCCAGGAACUGGAACCACUGCUUCUAUGGGAGGCGAUGCUGGCAAGUCUCUUCGUGGUGUCUUCUUCUUGGAAACCAAUGCUGCUUCUCCAUUCGCUAGAGGUUAAAUUUGUGAAAAUUUUAUUUUUUUGAUUGAAUAAAUUUGAAAAAUUGAAUUUUCAAGCUUUUUAUUACAAUUAUGUUCCAGCUUUUGAUAUGUUCUAAGAAGUUCAAAUUUCAAUCUGUUCCAAAUUUUACAAUAAUCCAUUUUCAUACCAGUUUCAAUCCUGUUCUAUUUUAUUUGAU